ACCGUCGUCACUUUCGUAAUCAAUAGCCUUUAUUCUUCCAAACACACGAACACAUUCACACACAAACCGAAGCUGCUGCAUUCAAUUCAACAAACGUGUAAUGCCUUGGCCGAUCCUCAUGACAUGACCACCACUUCAUUUCAAUUUCAAUCCAAAUUCAUCUAAAUUCAUAAUUCGAUCAAUGGAAGAACAAGUGCCCGGGGCCAUCGGAACAAGCGGAAGCUUAGCCCUAAGAUUGGGGCAGAUCAUCUUCUCUGCUGCCUCUCUUGCUUUCAUGUGUGUAGGUGUUGAAUUCUAUGCCUAUACAUCCUUCUGCUUUUUGGUCACAAUCAAAGGGUUAUCGGUUCCAUGGAGUUUGACAAUGGCAAUGGUUGAUGCAUCCUCUGUUUUUGCACACCGCCCGUCUCGUCGGUUACACAUGGUGUCCGUCGUUGUCAUCGGAGAUUGGCUUUUAUCGUUGCUGUCAUUAGCAGCAGCAAGCUCAGCAGCAAGUGUGGCUGAUUACAUGGUAACAGAAACAGGUGCUAGUGGUUUCGUGUGUGGGAAGAAAGUGUGUAGCAGAUAUCAAGUGUCAGCUGCAAUGGCCUUCAUGUCGUGGUGUUUGUCUCUAGCUUCGGCUCUUUUUAACACUUGGCUUCUCCCUUCUUUAUACUACUAACCUGUUUGCGUAUGGUGAUUAAAAAUUUUUGAGUUUUGGUU